UUGCGUGCCGCUCUUCUUUAUCAUCAUGUGCACCUACGUGCUUCCCCGCUUUGUGACUGGGCCUGAUGCCAAAGGGUUUUUCCGGACGCUUGACGAGGAGAUUGCUGAGACCUGGUGGGCCCUGCUCCUGCAGAUUAGAAAUUUCUUCCAAGUGACCGAACGGACCCUUCUUGUUCACCUCUGGUACUUGUCUACAGACUUCCAGCUUUUCGUUCUCUCUCUUCUCAUACUGCUCGUACUGAAAAAGCGGAAAAAGUUGGCGCUUGCAACGUUCAUCGUGCUUUCUCUUUUGGGUUGCGCCAUCGCAACGUGGACAGCAACUAAUCCAAAUGUUCUACCCUUCAUGACUUAUCCUGCUUACACAAGAAGUAUACAACUGACAACAACGAACUUAUACUACGUGCGACCUUUCUACCAUGCCGUAUGCUUCUUCAGCGGUUGCAUGACGUUACUCGUCUUGGAUGACUUCAGCAACCGUAAAAUUUCUAAGACGAUGCAGCUCGCAUGCUGGUGCGUGGCCGUCAUCAGUGCGCUCUGCGCCAUCUACAUGAAGGUUCCCUGGUACCGGCGCCGUGAUCACCCCUCGGGAGCCGCAAAGCUGGUGGCAGCUUUCUUUGAGCGAGUCCUCUGGUCGCUGUUCCUCGCCUGGUUGACGUUAGCUUGCGCGACGGGACGAGGCGGAUUCGUCGGACGAUUUCUGUCUUCGAGCGUCUUCGCGCCACUAAGCAAGCUAUCAUUCAACGUGUACCUAAUACACUACCCCUUCCUCAUGGCAAUGCUACAUGCGUCUAGGGAGCGUAUACACUUUUCUCACUUUAAUCAGGUGACCCUUUUGUUCGGGGUGCUAAUCUGGAGCUACCUGCUGGCGUACAUGGCAUUCCUCGCAUGCGAGGCGCCAACAGCAACGCUGGACAAGCUGGCCUUUCAAGGACUUAGAGAGCGAGGAAAUUCCGUGAAGCAAGAACCUCGUCCUGACAGUGUCGAUACAGUACUAAAGCUCGAAGACGCUUCAGCUCGUCCCUUCUCGGCUCGGCUUUAACCUCAUCCAACAUAUAUAUGUAAGCAAUGCGUGUUAAGGUAAUAGAGCAG